AUGUCAUUGCCGGAUAUUUCUUUGAACGCACCAGAUUUAAAUCGUUUACAUCCUAUAAUUACACUCACAAGACCUAUUCAAGACGGAGUGUUGAAUCGUAGUACACUGAUUAAAGGACUGACUAAUAUGAUAAGACACGGGGAGAUUGAGAAUUACUUUUGUUUUACUGAACUUGCUUUAGAUAAUUUGGGGGGAGGAAGCGGGUUGGGCAAGGGGACCAUACCCAUUUGUUGUGCCACUGUUUGUGUCUACGCCCUCACACACUGGAAUUUAGAAAACAUCGACAUCGUCGGUGAUUAUAUAUCUUUAAAAAAGUUGGAGGUACGUCAUAAUGUCAUACAAGAUUUGAGCGCUUUAAAUAGUCUAAACGAGUUGGAGUACUUAGAUGUGUCUCACAAUUGUUUGAAACGAAUAUUAAACUUCAAACCACCGAAGAUGCUAUACCAUGUCGAUUACUCGAACAACAAUAUCGAACAUUUGGACGAUUUGUCUCAUUUUUGGAGUUUAGCAUAUUUAGAUCUAUCGUACAAUUCCAUCGAACACGUAAACGGGCUAUUGGAAUUAAAUCAUUUGGCAUUUCUAAAUUUGUCUCACAAUGGUAUUAAACAUAUAAAUUAUUCACUACCAAGAUCGUUAAUGGAAAUCAACUUGUCUUACAACGAUUUAGAAUCUAUACACUUAGACAUGUCCUCAAGAUUAGAUAUUAGUGAUUGUAGACAUUUCAUUGAAUCAGAAGUAAUUAAGAAUUUAUUAGAGGUAAGAUUUGAAUUGAGUGAUAAAGCUUCAAGGAUAGCUAGCAUAGUACUCAGCAGUGAAGAUGAAGAAGAGGAAAAGAGUGCAUUAAAAUCUACUGUUUUAGAACAUUUAUCUGCAGGAAGAUCCCCUAUAGGCGCAGGAAAUAACUGUGGAUACAAAGACCGAUUACUUCCGAUGGUAAUUUUAGUCGGUCCACCAAAAACUCACAAGAAAGAACUUUUAAAUACGAUAUUUGAGAAACAUGCUGAUAAAUUGUAUCCCGCAGUUAUUUAUACAACGAACGAUUUAAGUAAAAAUAGAACAUUAAAAACAAUUACAGUCGCUGAGUUCAAUGAAAUGAAUUCUUCCGGAGAAUUUGUGUUUAGCUACCAAUUUUUAGGCCAUUCUUAUGGAUUAAGUUAG